UUCUUAUAUUUGCUGAAUUUCCCCAGAAAUCUCAUGGCUCCAAAGAAUGAUCAGCCUACGAAAGGACCAUGGACAGCUGAAGAAGACCAAAAGCUGGCUCAAUAUAUUGAAGUCCAUGGUGCAAAGAAGUGGAAGCUAGUUGCAUUAAAAGCAGGCUUGAAUCGUUGUGGGAAGAGUUGCAGGUUAAGAUGGUUGAAUUAUCUGAGACCCAACAUCAAAAGAGGCAAUAUCUCAGACCAAGAAGAGGACUUGAUACUUAGGCUCCAUAAACUACUGGGGAACAGGUGGUCUUUGAUUGCUGGAAGGCUACCGGGUCGAACUGAUAAUGAAAUCAAGAACUAUUGGAAUUCUCAUAUGAGCAAGAAAGUAAACCAGAAGCAGGAACAGACACAGGUUUCAAGAACACAAAACUCCCAACUGGAAAACUGGGGAAGUGUUGAGGUGAAGGAAGAAAGUGGAGACUCAAAAACUUGUCUUAAUUCAGAUAAGUUAUUUGAAGCAGACAAGCCCUCUAGUCCCACAAGCGAAGAGCCUUCAAACUUCCAUGGUGAGCCUGAGACACAUUUUAACUUGGAGGAGUUAUUUGAUUUCUCAAGUGGAGCAUCUUCUAGUUUAGAGUGGGUGAGGGAAUUUCUUGAACUAGACCAGAGCUUCUAUGGAUUUUCAUGA